AUGACGGUCUCCGCCCCAAGGCUGAUUCGCGGUCAACCACUCUCCCCUCCCCAGUCCACAAGUGGAGAGCCCGUCCCAGAAGGCCACCAGGACCCCUGUUCGAUCAUUCAGCCAUAUUAUUCCCCCGGUGACGCCUUUGGUGCAGCUGGACUGCACGGCAACCACGAAGGGCCGACGCCGCAGUCAAUGUCGUACGACUCUUCCUCUUCAUCGCAAUACAUCUCCACAGGAGACUACGCACAGCCCGUGCCAUUACAACACUCCAUCGCCGCGCACGGCCUCCAGGUCAACACUCCACCCCCCACCCUAGACGACAGCAUUCUUCCCAACGGUUCGGACGCGGCCUCGCUGCGCUGGAGGUCGCCGCCGAUCCGGCGAUCGGCCCGCGGAAAGGCCAAGGGCUCGAGAGACAGCCGCGCUCGUCGUCGGCCCAUGGCGAAGGACAGGCCCGAUCUUCCGGGCCCGUUGAGUGAGCUGACCAAGCAUAUGACGCACAUCCCCGUCAAGGAUAUGGGUGCCUGGGUGCACCGUCCCGUCGAGGUCCGUCUUCAGGAGGUGACCAAGAAGAACGGCAAGAUCGCCCGACCUAUGAACUCGUUCAUGCUCUACCGGUCGGCCUACGCGGAGCGCACCAAGCAGUGGAUCUCCCAGAAUAACCACCAAGAGGUGUCCGCCGCCGCAGGCAUUAGCUGGAAGCUGGAGCCUCCCGAGAUCCGCGAGAAGUACGAGAUGCUCGCGAACAUCGAAAAAAAGAACCACAUCAAGGCGCAUCCGAGCUAUCGCUUCUCGCCGUCCAAGGACAAGAAGAAGCGUCCCACGUCAGCGGACGGUCCCAGCAAUCCGAACGAGGCCCGGAACACUCCCGAAUCAAGCCCCGAUUUGGGACACCACGUCCGCGACCUGAGCUAUUCGGAGUUCGAAGGUGGGUGGGAGAGCCGCGGCUCCACCCCCUUUAGUUUCAUCGAUCAGGGCUACCUUAGUUCGUCCUGGCAGACGAACCCCGGUCGAUCGGUGCCAGGGCUGAUGCCGUCGCCGGAACCGACUCCUUAUAUUCAGCAGACCACGAUCCAUCAGAACCUGAUGGGUGCCCACGUGGAAGACGUGCGCUUCGAGAGGGUCGAUCUGCAAGAAAUGCAGUAUACAUCGACGACGGCUUUGGCCGGGCUGCCCGGAGCAGCCCACCAUGACCUUCUGCAGCCUCCGACGUCGGCGCCCGGCCGGCCUGACGGCCAGCUCGAUCCUCAGCUCUUGUCCUUCUCGAGCGACGCCGGGAGCACCGCUGCAGGCAGCCAAGUCUACAGCAACUCUCAUUACCCUGUCUGGCAAGAAGCGUCGUCAACCAACUCCUACCUCCCGGUUGCCACAUCGCUGCCUCCUAGUACGGUGUCGUACCCCGUCGAUCCGACCUACCAAGCGGGGAUGCAGACCCUCGUGGAUGGUCGGGAUGCGUGGGACUCCAACCAGGAGACCAGUCUCGACGCUUCUGUCGGUGAAUUCGACCACUGGCUCAACCACCAGGCAUCGGGGUACUGA